CUUUGGUCGUGCUUGUCCGGCCAGCUUGGAUUAGCGUAAUGGAGUCCGGAGCUUUGAGAGUGGAGACAAGACAGCUGCUGCGCUGGGUUCUGCUGGUGGUGUGUGUUCUGCGCCGCUGGGUUCUGCUGUUGGUGUGUGUUCCGGCCUGCCUUGGGUCGCCCGAAGUUUUCUCGGACAGAUCCCAUGCCAGCCAGGUUCUCCUGCUGCGAUCCCGGCGUGCCAACUCCCUGUUUGAGGAGCUGAAGCUGGGCAACCUGGAGAGGGAGUGCCUGGAGGAGAGAUGCUCGUAUGAGGAGGCACAAGAGAUCUUCUCCAUCCCGGAGCAACUGAGAGAGUUCUGGACAAGAUAUUCAGACGUGGACCAGUGUGCAUCAAAUCCAUGUCUGAAUGGAGGCACCUGUGUGGACCAGGUCAACGCCUACAUCUGCAUUUGUCCGAGCGGAUUUGAAGGGCGGAAUUGUGAUAAAGUAUUGCCAGCCCACUAUGGCUGUCUCUUUCGGAAUGGAGGAUGUGAGCACUUCUGCACAGAGACGCAGGAUGCCCCACACGUCUGCAGCUGUGCCAGUGGCUACGAGCUGGGGCCGGACAACAGCAGCUGCAGCCCCCAGGUGAAGUACGCCUGUGGAAAACCGAGGGUGACGGACUUCAACCCCAGAAUCGUCCGAGGUGAUGUGUGUCCACGUGGGCAGUGUCCGUGGCAGGCGCUGCUGAAGCGUGACCAGAAGUACCAGUGUGGAGCCAUCAUCCUGGGCACGGAGUGGAUCCUGACCGCAGCUCACUGUGUGCACCACGCACUAGCAGCUCAGCUGGAGGUGACUGUGGGCGAACACAACCGUGAGUUCACCGAGGGCUCCGAGCAGGUGCGUAACGUGACGCAGGUCCGUGUGCACGAGCAGUACGACCACGCCACCAAAGACAACGACCUGGCCCUGCUCCGCCUCACGUCCCGCAUCGCCCUCAGCAACUACGCCAUCCCCAUCUGUCUCCCCGCGCUCAACGGGACCUUCGGCCGCACGCUGGCAGGCAUCCGCUUGUCCACCGUCAGCGGGUGGGGUCGGUUGGCAGAGCUGGGACCCGCCUCGCCCGUCCUCCAGCGCCUAGAGGUGCCGCGGGUGCCCAACCAGGAGUGCGUGAACCACACGGGCCUGCAGGUGACGCGCAACAUGCUGUGCGCCGGCUUUCAGGAGGGCGGGCGCGACUCCUGCCAGGGCGACUCCGGCGGGCCUCUGGUGACGCGCUACAAGAGCACCCACUUUCUGUUGGGCAUCGUGAGCUGGGGCAAAGGCUGCGCCUCGGCGGACUCGUACGGCGUUUACACCAGAGUGGCCAACUACCUGCAGUGGAUCCACAACAUCACCGCCUGAGGAGAGCACAACUACCUGCAGUGGAUCCACAACAUCACCGCCUGAGGAGAGCACAACUACCUGCAGUGGAUCCACAACAUCACCGCCUGAGGGGAGGACAAGCUCACGGAGACCACAGCAGCAUCCGGAGCUCUGGGCCGCCUUUCCCAGAUGCGUUAAGAAGCUCCUAAGUGCUAAGAACUUCUCAGGAGCGCUCUAAGAAAGUUCUAAGAACGCUCCUAAGAAGUUCUUAGCACUGGCGAGCUUCUUAACGAAUCUGGGAAACGCGGCCCUGGACCCUCAUGCUGUCUGUAUACAUGGCAACUAUCUGCAGGAGAUGAUUGAGAUGAAAAGGAGGAAGAUAAAGGCGCUCUGUUGCAGUGAGCUCCACAAGCACGGCCUGAUGCUCAUG